ACAUGUUUUAUAUAUAUAUAUAUAUAUAUAUAUAUAUAUAUAUCUGUCCCUCUGAGCCACGUGUCAGAUCAUGUAUGUACAGGUUCAUGAGUUUGUUUUUAAUGAUAUAAAUAUACUCUUCUACCCAGGUGUCUUUGGUUGUGCACACACCUGGACAGUGAAAAACACUCACUCCGUCAUUUCAGUCAAGCGUCUUCGUCAGCUGAACCAAAGGGGCGGAUUUCAAAAUGGCGUUUGUGACUUUGUUAGCGUGAGAACGAAGAUGAAAUCAGGAAAGGUCUUGCGGUCCUGUCACUGUGCCUCUGUUGUUUGUUUGUGUGUCUCCUUUUUGGCCUUUCUUUGGCUUUGUCUUUGAUCUGGCCUUGUUUUUAAACCGGCUGCACAUCCUUUUUCUUCAGUGGGAGGAAUGUUGAGAGACUGAAUUGGUCACAAAGGUAAGCUGUUUUAUUCUGCUGAGGCUGGGGGAAACAGCCACUCGGACAGGGGGACAUCUGGAUAACUCCAGUCUUCAGCGGCUUCUUCUGCGUCAAGUCAACUGUGGAGCCCUUCCUUUUUGCCGAUAGAAAGGUGCGGUUGUUUGUUCCUUGUGCCUAGAUGAAAUGCGUCAGUCAGCAGUUCAAGUGCGCAGCCCGCGAUCCUGCGUGCAAAGCGCCCCCCUUCAAGACCCCGAGGAAGAACGGCUGGUCGUGCCCCCUGCAGGUCAUCCAGGUGCUGGCCUGGCUGGUGCUGACCUACCUGGCCGUGGUCGGCUUCGCCAUCUUCAUCCCGCUCCUGCCUCCGCCCUGGAACUACGUGGUCUACUCCCUGAACGGUUUGGCCUUCACCGUUCACCUCUUCAGCCACCUGGCGGCGCUGACGGUCGACCCCGCUCACACCAUGGUGAGAGCCAAGGUCGACUACAGCAUGCCCAUGCCCAUCUUUGACCGGAGCAAGCGGCCGCACGUCAUUCUGGACCUGCACUGUUACCUCUGCGGCGUCACUGUCGGCCCGAAGACCAAGCACUGCGGCGUGUGCAACAAGUGCGUGGAGAACUUUGACCACCACUGCAAGUGGCUGAACACCUGUGUGGGGGGGCGGAACUACAGCUACUUCUUCCUGGCUGUUUUCUCGGCCACGCUGGGCUGCUUCCUGCUGCUGGUCAUUUUACUCUUCAUCUUCAUCCAGUACCUGGUGGAUCCCCGGAUCCUGCGAGCGAACCCCCACUUUCUAGGUGUUGCGGACGAGGAGAGCUGGCUGCUCUUCCUACCUCUGGCUCCCAUCAGGACCAGCUCCACGGUUCUGAUGGGGUUCACCUUCCUCACCGUGGCUCUGUGUUUCACCUGUCUGCUGAUGCUCAGUCACCUGCUCUGGUUCCACAUUCUGCUCUUUUUCCGAGGUGUGACCACUUACGAGUACAUAAAUCCCAACUUGUUGAGACCAAGUCAACCAGAAAAGGAAAGGUCUCCCUCCUCCCAGACCAGCAAGAGCCACCCGUUGUUUCGCAGUAUGGACAGUUCUGUGGUGAACGUCGGAGAUCUUUUCAUCCGCAACAUGAGCAGCCAGCUCUCGACCACACCUGACUUUCAGAGGACCAUUGGAAUGUCUUGGGACAGCUCCAGAGGGUCGCAUGACCCACGCGGCAGUCUGCUCUGGACCUCGGUGGAAUUCUAGUCAAGUUUCUUCCAAAAUAAACCAAACAUCUAGUGGUUUCUUUGUGGACGUUUCGUGAAAAAAAAAAAAAAAACGCUGACGGCCCAUCGAUGUCUCGCAAGUUAGGACAGUGUUCGGACUACAAGACGUCGAAUAGACGUCUAGGCUAAAAUCGGUGUACCAUACCACAGGUCUGAAAGUCAAAGUUUGUUGAUGUUUUCACUUAGACGUCUAUCAGAGGGCACGUCUAAGCUCAAGAUAAAUGACCAUUAGACGCUUUCUCUCUCCCCGUCCCUCUCUCCUCCCUCUUUCUCUCUCUCUCUCUCUCUCUCCUU